CGAACUCACCAUCUCGCCAUCACCACCGCCAAUUCAUAGUCAUGCCCUCUCUGCUGCUCCCAACGCCAGCUUCUUCACCGGGUAUUAAGGCCUAUUACCAGGCCAAAAUCGAGGCCGCAGAGAUAACGAUCAACUCGAAGACUCAGAACCUGCGUCGGCUGGAGGCUCAGAGAAAUGCUCUCAACGCACGAGUACGCUUGUUGAGAGAGGAGCUACAGCUUCUUCAGGAACCGGGGAGCUAUGUUGGCGAAGUUGUGAAGGUCAUGGGGAAGAACAAGGUGCUGGUGAAGGUCCAGCCUGAAGGCAAAUACGUUGUCGAUGUCGAUCCAGAGAUCGUCCUCUCCACUCUCACUCCUUCCUUGCGUGUCUCACUGCGCUCCGACUCCUAUCAGAUUCACAAGAUCCUUCCGAACAAAGUCGACCCGCUCGUCUCCCUCAUGAUGGUUGAGAAAGUUCCCGACAGCACCUACGAGAUGGUCGGUGGUUUGGACAAGCAGAUUAAGGAGAUUAAGGAGGUCAUUGAGCUGCCUGUCAAACACCCGGAGCUGUUCGAGGCGCUCGGUAUUGCCCAACCAAAGGGAGUUCUGCUGUAUGGCCCUCCAGGUACUGGGAAGACUCUUCUCGCACGUGCUGUGGCUCAUCACACCGACUGUCGUUUCAUCCGUGUCUCCGGCUCUGAGCUCGUCCAGAAGUAUAUCGGCGAAGGCUCCCGGAUGGUGCGUGAGCUGUUCGUCAUGGCCCGCGAACAUGCCCCAAGCAUCAUCUUUAUGGAUGAGAUCGACUCUAUUGGCUCAUCGCGCGGUGAGAGUGGGUCCGGUGGCGGCGACUCAGAGGUGCAGCGCACUAUGCUCGAACUGCUCAACCAAUUGGACGGGUUCGAGCCAACAAAGAAUAUCAAGGUUAUCAUGGCAACAAACCGAAUCGACAUCCUCGACUCUGCGCUCCUGCGCCCUGGGCGGAUAGACCGGAAAAUUGAGUUCCCGCCACCUGGGCCGGAAGCGCGUGUCAGUAUCCUGCGCAUCCACUCGCGGAAGAUGAGCCUGCAGCGUAACAUCAACCUCCGCGCUCUGGCGGAGAAGAUGGGACAGUGCUCGGGUGCCGAAGUACGGGGUAUUUGUACGGAAGCUGGCAUGUAUGCACUACGUGAACGCCGACAGCAUGUCACGCAGGAAGACUUCGAGUUCGCGAUCGCCAAGGUGCUCAAGAAGGGGCAGGAGGCCAACACGUCGGUCAACAAGCUGUUCUCGUAGUUUCAUCUUCAGUGUGGUUACCAAUAUAUCCGCUUUACAUCACCGCUGAGUCAUCAGUCCCUUGAUUGGGCACAUUCCUUGCUAUCGGGCUGAUACAAUCAUGGCCUGCUCCCUUCAUUUUCAUUGACCUGAGGCUUAUGUAAUCACAGGGCUAGUCCAAAGAGAACUGCCAGUGGAUAUUACAUAAAGCACUCCACACCCUCCGCGUUCAAUCGCUUCAAGUUUGCUUUCCCCUCGUAGCAACUCGCCACACCACCAACGACACAAAGGUAGUUACUGCCUGGGCAGUUAUGUGAUGACCUAAACCCUUUCGACUUUGCCGGGUCACACCUACAGGCAAAGUCAUGCCAUUAGCACGGGUGCAGCUGCUGAGGGACAAUAAACGCACCCAGGGCCGAGACGGGGAGGCUUGGGCUUCUUGAGAAGUCCUUGGUUGGAGCAGGAAAUGGCAGAGGCAAGGCCAAGGAGACAGGCGAGGAGAAAAGCGAGGGAGCGCAUUGUCUUCUGACUUGUUGGAGUAGACUGCGGUGGCCGUGGUCUAGAUGGGCCGGGAGGAGGCGAGGCGAUUAAACGUGAGUAAGAUACUCGACCGAUGAGAAGAGGCCGUUCGGAGAUGUGGGCAGAGCGGCCUGCGCUGCUGGGUUCGAUGAUGUUAAGAUGAUGAUGAAGAUGCGGAAAAUAAUAGGACUACUUAUACUCUCUCUCAGGACGAUCCAGUGUUUUCCGUCCUUCUGGAAGGGUAUAUUCUUGGUCUGAUGUACCAUGGACUGAGGCGAACAGGUAGUGCAUCUCUGUAUUCAUACAGUUUCAUCACCACAUCUAGGGCAAGACGCACGGCCCAUCAUCCACAGCGGAAGACUGGAUCCAGUC